AUGCCUACUCUCGCACAUAAAAUUGGUUCUCUGCUAUUUUGCCCUCAUUGCGGCACUCUACUCAGUCCUCCAAAAGACGACGAGCAAACAGUCAUAUGCGAACAAUGCAGCUAUGAGGAACCAGCAUCAUCUUAUGAGAAUAUUGAGAUAACUACUCGGUCACACCCUGAAGCAUUCCCUUCAGCGCUGAGACAGAAGCGUAAAACCCAAACGAAGGUUCAUCAGGGUAAAGUCUUACCCAAGGUGUCAGAAAAAUGCCCGUCUUGCGGACAUCUGGAAGCUUAUUACGAAGAGAAACAGAUGCGCAGUGCUGAUGAAGGUUCCACAAUUUUAUACACAUGUGUCUCUUGUAAACACGGUUGGCGUGUCAACAAUUAG